AUGGCGACGCUAACCGAGACCCCGCCCGAUAGGUUCCAGAAACAUGUCGCAUUCGACAAUGUUCCAACCGGCGAACCGACCAAGAAUAAUGCCAUUUCGCUCACGCUCAAUGUUCGACACAAGGGAUAUCAGGCCAGGCGCAGAUCCCGGUGCUUCAUGGUUGGAGUGGACGAGCAUGCCUACUCUGAUUAUGCCUUGCAGUGGUUGCUGGAAGAGCUUGUCGAUGACGGCGACGAAGUUGUGUGCGUACGCGUAGUCGAGAAGGAAUUGCGUUACUCGAAUAGGGAAUACCGGGAAGAUGCUGAUAAGGUUAUGCGGGGCAUUCUUGACCGUAAUGGCAAUAACAGGGCCAUCAACCUCGUUCUAGAAUACGCCGUUGGCAAAUUGCAUACAACCUUCCAAGUUCUGAUCCAGAUGUACCAGCCUGCCAUGCUCAUUGUGGGAACCAGAGGACGUACACUUGGUGGCCUUCAAGGGCUCGUCAACACGCGCAAUUCAUUUUCCAAGUACUGCCUCCAAUACUCACCUGUACCUGUGGUCGUGGUUCGGCCUACAGAGAAGCGCGUUAAGAAAAAGUCUAAGCGGGCCAACGACUCUUCACGACAGACUUAUGUGAGCAUGUUGGCCGCGACUUCUGGAAAGCACGAAGCCGAUAGUGAGGCAAGUAGCACCUACGAACUUGAGAUUCAAAACUCUCCUGAUGAAGAAGCUCAUCAAGUCGCACGCGCCUUGGGGUUGCCUGCAUCCUUUGAUCCCACGAUCAAGCCAUUCAACCAUGGCCAAGCGCUUAACGUCAAACCACAAGGCUCUGUCACUGUCAGCUCGCCCAGUGAAGCGACAGAGAACCGACGAUUGGUUAAGGAUGAUGCCAGUGCUGCUGGAGAAAGCGAUGAUGAUGAUGACGACGACAGCGAUGACGACUCUGGGGAGUUCGAAGUUGUCAGUGGGCAACAGGCUCUGGAUCAGGAGAAACUGAAACAGCUCCACAAGAUGGAGGUCGGUGAAGCAGAGGCGUUGAAGAAGAAGGUGGACGACGAUUUAGACGAUGAAGACGAUACCCCGUCGGUCCAGAAAGUUUCACACCAACAAGUCAAGCGAUCAACUACUAAGCAUCCUCUGGAGAGGAUCUCCAGGAUACCCAUUUCGUGCAACUCUAGCUACGUUACACCAAACAAAUCCGAAGGCGCAGGAAAGGCUGUAGCUGUUGACCCAAAAAGCAAUGCCAAUCUGUCGGGAACUGAUGAGGAUGGAAUCGGAUUGCAGCAGGUAGACGGUUGCCAAGACCACAUGACCGGACCUCCUGAAAGUGACCGGUUACGAGAUUUCGAUUCUCCUGAGCAUAGUCCUAAAUCGGACAGAGAUUUCAUGGAAUCGGAGACGGCGAGUGGUGUGAUAAAGGACGACAACAACGUUAAAGAUAAGCUCGCAGAUGGAUCUUCCGGUCAGGAUACCAACACAACGAACAACUUACUGGGAAGUGAGAAUCGUCUUCCAGCGUACGCGCCGGCACGGGACCAAAGGUCUAGCAUCGAUUUGGAGGCGCAAGAUCAACCUGGCCGCGAGCCUAGAGGUGGAAGUGGAGGUGACUAG